UUUCGCUUGUAGAGGGGGGGGGAAGAAAAGGGGGGGGGGGGAAAAAGAGAGACACCCCCCCUUCCCCCUCCCGCCGACCGGGCAGCGAAACCGCCGCGGCGGGAGCGAACGAGCGAGCGGAGCCCGCGGCGCUGCGCCCAGCCAUGGACAAUCAGUGCACGGUUCAAGUAAAACUGGAGCUGGGGCACCGAGCCCAACUGCGGAAAAAGCCCACCACAGAAGGGUUCACUCAUGACUGGAUGGUGUUUGUCCGUGGCCCGGAGCAGUGUGACAUCCAGCAUUUUGUGGAAAGGGUGGUCUUUCGGCUACAUGAGAGCUUCCCAAAACCCAAGCGAGUGUGCAAGGAGCCCCCUUACAAAGUGGAGGAGUCUGGCUACGCAGGCUUCAUUAUGCCCAUUGAAGUGCACUUCAAAAAUAAGGAGGAACCGAAAAAGGUUUGUUUCACAUAUGACCUGUUCUUAAACUUGGAGGGAAAUCCACCUGUGAACCACCUUCGUUGUGAGAAACUGACUUUCAACAACCCCACCAAGGAAUUCAGACGCAAACUCAUUCGAGCUGGAGGGGUAAUGGUGAUGCCAGAAGGAGCAGAAACUGUUUCAAGGCCAAGUCCUGAUUAUCCAAUGUUACCCACAAUACCACUCUCUGCCUUCUCUGAUCCCAAGAAGACCAAACCAUCCCAUGGGUCAAAGGAUGCAAACAAGGAAAGUAGCAAAGCAUCCAAGCCACACAAAGUAACCAAGGAGCACAGAGAGAGGCCAAGAAAAGACUCUGAGAGCAAAAACUCCUCCAAAGACCUUGAAAGAGAACAAAACAAGCCUUUGAAGGACUCCUCCAGAAAACCAACUGAGAACAAACUGCCUAAGGAGGAGAAGGCACCUCCAAAAGCUGCUUUCAAGGAACCAAAACUGGCCGUGAAGGAGACCAAACUGGAGAACACUUCUCCAAAGGGUGGGCCGCAGCCGGAGUUGAAGUCUUCCAGCAAGAGGCCCUCCAAUGUGGAGUCACCAAAGCCUAGUGCCAAAAAACAAAAAAAGAGUAGCUCCAAAGGGGUAAAGAAUAUCCUAGGGACAUCUCCCAGAACCUCGUCUUCCUCAUAUCCAGAGAAGAAACAAACCAAGGAGAAGAUGAAUGCCAAAGUGGAAAAGGUCAAAUCUGAGAGUGAGGCCAAGGAGAUCAAAAAGCCUGUGGAAAUGGAGGAGUCGAAUUCAGAGGAUGAGACUUCUUUCAAGUCAGAGUCUGUCCAGUCCAGCCCUUCCAACUCCAGCUCCAGCUCCGACUCCAGCUCUGACUCUGAUUUCGAGCCAUCCCAGAACCACAGUCAAGGCCCUCUACGCUCCAUGGUGGAAGAUCUGCAGUCAGAGGAGUCGGAUGAUGAUGACAGCUCCUCUGGGGAAGAGGCAGCAGUCAAAGCAAACCCAGUCAGCCGGGAUUCCAGACUGAGCCUCAGUGACAGUGACAGUGAUAACAGUGCAGAUUCCUGUCUGCCAAGUCGAGAGCCACCUCCUGGUCAGAAACUACCCCCAGCAAAUAACAAGGCAUCUGGAAGAAAAAGCCCAGAGUCUUGUAACAAACCUGAGAAGAUCUUGAAGAAGGGAACAUAUGACAAGGCCUACACUGAUGAGCUGGUGGAGCUUCACAGGCGGCUGAUGGCACUACGGGAGCGCAACGUGCUACAGCAGAUUGUAAAUCUCAUUGAGGAAACUGGGCAUUUUAACGUUACCAACACCACCUUUGACUUUGACCUGUUCUCCCUGGAUGAGACGACCGUCCGGAAGCUGCAGAGCUACUUGGAAGCGGUGGCCACAUGACGCUCGGCCUCGGGAGCUGCUGCUUGGAAACCAGAAACCCCCCUCUCUUGGUACCAGGAAACAAACCCAUGGAACUAGGCCUUCUUCCUCUCCUGAUUCACCUGAAGCACUGCCUUAGAGAACAGCCAUGCUCUAUGAAUGCACAGCCAGCUGCACUUUCUUGUAGGCUUCAAACAAGCACCCACCUCGCUGAGUCUGUCCUCCUUAGCUUCGUUAGCGCUCAUGGGCGCAGAGCAAACAGCUGUGCUGCACUUGGCUGCACACACUGACCUUGUUUGGUUUUUACUUCCAAGAAAAAACAAACAAAACCAAACUGUGUUUGUAAGAGCAACGUUUUGAGGCGUCUCUGAGACCUGGAGAAGUGCAGAUGACGUUUUCAUCACCAAACCUGGGGGACCAGCCUUGCCCACAGAGAGCUCCGAGCGUGCCCCUUUCCCUCCAGCUCUGCUGAGGGAGCGUUUGUGCCGUUUGGGAGUGAGAUUUGGCUUUUACAAAGCUUGGCCAAGAGACUUUGAUGGCAACAGGAGGCUUCCAGAGGGGAUCCUGCUGCGGAGAAAAGCGGACACAGAUCCCAGUUCCGACCGCUCGCAAGUGAGUUCUGCUGCGGGUCGUUGGGCUGCCAGUCCUCCCCCUCCCUCCCCAGGGCACCGUGGGACCUUCAGCUUCCUUCAGAGACAGUUUGUGCUCAUCGAAGAGGCCUCUAAGAACCUGCUGUGUCUCCCUGCUGGGGUUUUGAGAUGUCUUGUUUGUUGAUCUGAGCUCUUAAACAAAGUCUCACUCCUUUCAGUCUGCUUUAACUGUAAUAGGACUACGAAACUGUAAGCUGUAUAUUUUAUAUAUAUAUUAUAUAUAUGUAUGUACUGUAUGUAUAAGAAGGGCCUGGUUGGGUCUUAUGAUCUUAAGGGUGUGUUUUUUCUGUUGUUUUUAAGGGGCAGGGCAGGGCGCUUCACCACAUCGGAAAUUGUUUGUUAAAAUGCCUCUCGUGGACAAUUUUUAGUGUCUGAAAAGCUGAACAGCAAUCUUCAAAGCAUUUUGUGCCCCUCAAGGGGCUCACCUCUCCUCUCUUUCUUCUUGUCAGUGUUGAAUGACUUUGCCAAAAUACGUGAUUGGUUUUGUUGUGUGUUCUCAAAGAGGAAUCUCCUACAGUGGCCCCUAUAGUAGUGGCUGUACUUGGGGAAAACCAAAACAAGGGAGGAAGUUCUGGCUUUGGACACACCUGGGAAGAGCCAACGUAGAAAAUGAGUCAGGUCAGGUUUGUUUUCUCUCCUCCUUCUCCCCCCUCUCCCCACUGCCUGCCCAGGAAAUGGCAGGAAGCAGUAAACACUAAUCCAGAGUCACCCAUCUCCGCUUGUGUUGACUCCCAGGCGUUGCCCAGGUGGCUGGGAAGAAGUCUCCAGGCUGUGUGAGGCUCCAGUUUCCCCAGAUUCAGUAUUGCUGAAGAAUUGCUCAGUUUUUUCCAAUCAGUGUGUAAGCUUUUGCCAAAUGUUGGGUGGGCUGCAGGCAGUGAGGAGCAGCACAGCACUCCAGAGGAGCCCCUCUCAAGAGUGGGACCUCCCAGCUCUGUGGAAGCCCCAUGGGGGGAGCUUUUGGGGGGUGGCACCUCUCCAGGCUUUGCUGUCCCUUCUCCAGUAGGAAACUGCAGUCCCUUGUUUUGGGUUCUCCCUUUUCUUUAUCAUGGAAAUGUUGCAACUAAUCAACUGAAGUGGCAAUAUGAUGAUAAGCUUGUUUGAGUUGGGUCAUGUUGACCCGAUUCCCGUUAAUUUUUGUCUUGUACCAUCUCUCAUGUGUUUGUGUGUGUGUGUGUGUGUAAAGAAAAAGAAUCAAGCUCAUGCCAGGUGUAACCCCUGUCACAACAGUGAUCUCAGCCCUUUUCUUUCUUGAUGAACAAUGCCAAGGCUGGAUAGAGACCCGGUGAGCAGAUGCAGGCUGAGGAGGUGGAGGACAGUGGAGCUGCAGUUCCCUCGCUUGGCAGCAGGAGGAUACACACACAGCCCAGAGCCUGACAGACCGAUCCCUGCGCUGUGCCAGGUGUGUGGGGAGACCCAAACUGCUCCUGCUGUGGGGGAUCUGUGGUGAGGAGCCAUCCCACAGGUGCUGUGACCCCUCGCUUGGCUCCCCUGCGUGUGCAGAGUCUCAAGGGCCCGGUCAGUGUCCUUCCCUGCAGCAGGAGGAGCAGAGGUGGGAGCCACCCCAAGAUCUUCCUGAGGUCUUUGCCUCCUCUCCACCCCUGUCCCUUCCUUCCAGCGUUUCUCCAGUUACCCCAGGAGGGGAGGGCCGGGAGCUGCAGCCUCCCACCUGCCCCCUCCCCUUAUUCCCUGGGGGCAACACAGUGAGGGGAGGAGCUGCAGCUCCUGCAGCAUCAGCCUCAUCCUGUCCUGGCACUGACUUUCAAGCCUGAGAUGAGCAUUGAUGGCAGUUUGAUUUGGGUGGGUUUUUGUUUAUAUGAAAAGUAUUUUACACCUGGAUUUAUUGGUUUUUUUUAGACUGUUUAUGAUCUCCUUGAAACCCCCAAACUAGGCUCAUUCCCCCCUCCCCCCAGCACUGGUUCCUUUCCCAUUGUGUGCAACGUGCUGGUUUGUUACUCAAAGGUUUCUUGCAAGUACUUAGUCUUCUCCAGAGUCCUUGGGGUGGGGUGUUUGUUGAUGGGGAGAGGGGGGGAACGUGGUAGAGUCAGAGACUGACUCUGCAAUGAAUGGUCAGGUUUGAGCCUCAUCUUGUUGUGUGUGUGUGUGUGUGUGUGUGUCCUCCCCCCUCAUUUCUAGUGGCAUAGGAAGGAGUUCCCGUGUAGGUGCCCGUGAGGCUGGCUGGCCUCUGUGCUCAACAUGCUGUGUACAGGUUAUUUGUGGAUAACAGGAAAAAAAAAAAACCCAGAAAAAGGAAAAAAAAAAAGAAGUGUUUUGUUGUUGUGUCACUCUCUUGAGAGCAUGGACGAUCGUGGUGCUGUAGGGAGGAGGCGGCCGUGGCGGGCGCUCCUGCCCUCCAGGCCGUUGGUAGUAGCUUUUGCUUGAGUUGUUUAAAGAGUUAAAAGUUCAAAAAGCAUUAAAAAAAAAGAGGAAAAAGGAAAAAAAAAAAAAAAAAAGGAUCCAAAAUUUGACUGUAGCCAUAAUGGUGGGGGUGUUGUUGUUGUGUUGGGUUUGUUUUUGCCAAGGAGGAUGGACGGAGCUCUCGGGGCGCUUCCGCGUCCUUCGGGCUGUUUGUUUGAGGGAAGGGCUGGAGGCGCCUUGGGUCGAGUCGUGUGGGAGGUGAGGUCGGGACACGGCUCUUCCUUUGGCCUUGGCAAUGAAGGGCAAAAAACCAGAGGGGUCAGGAGUGUUUUCCUGCCUUGGUCUGUGCACAUUUUAAGCCUCGAGGCUUCGAUUACUGACACUUGACGAUUAAAUAAGGAUGGGAAGGCUGGUGGGGUCCCAAAGCGCCAGCCGAGGCGUGAUCAGACACGUGGGUAACGAGACUAAGCUGAACACAUGGAAGUGCAAUGAUUGUGCCACCAGAUCUCUUGCCAUGGGGCCAUGGUAGCAGCAGAACUAACAAAGCAAUUGAUGCAACAAUCCAGAAGCAGGUUUUGGGGGGGGGGGGGGGGGGGGUUGUGUUUUUAUUUUGUCAGAUCUUGGAACGUAUUUGAUGGUGGGAGAGGUUUGAAAGUUCCCUUCUGUGCCCUGAGAGAACCCUCAGGGCUGGUGUGGUGCUGGGUCCCUGUGCUCAUGGUGCUGCUGCAGACAGACCAUCCUGCACCUCCUUGCUUCUAAAAGAGACAAAAAUAAAACCAAGGGAUGGGUCUCACAUUCCCUGGGGGCACGAGGUAGCCAUCAAAAACUGACAAGAUGAGUUUGCACUCCUAAAGAGAAAAAAGAAACAGAGAGAAAAAUGUAAGUACUUCAACUUCUAGAUGAUUUUUAACUGUUAUUUCUGCCUAGAGCCAAGGUAUUAAAUACCUUGUCACCUGAGGAUUUUAAAAGUUGUGUUGGGAAAUGGGUUCUUCACUCAGCUGUGAGAAAUGCAGCUGGCCCAAGACUUCACUGCAAGGCUAAAACCACACCAAGCUGUUUGUAAUACCUGACAGGAUCUGUUUGUCCUGGAUUUUACAACUUUUUGUUAAAUUUGUGGAACUCUGGAGGAAUUUUCUAGAAAAAAAAACAACAAAAAAAGUGAAAUAAAAGUCAGAUGGAAAAGUAAAAAACAAAA